AUCCCACUAUGCGGCCUACCAACACUAGACUAACGGCGAGUCGUUCUUCAAGCUUCUCUACGGCGUCGUUUGACAACUUUUGCUUCCCAUUCUCUCUCUGCGCAGGCGAAUUGGGAAUCCCAUAAACCCUUGCUUAUGCAAUUCAGCUUUACGGGCACAUAUUUAGUAGGUAUCGGUGUUGCUUGUAAGGCAGUAAGGGGUUGUAGUUCUGCAUUUGCUUAACCAGCCGAAGUGAUGCUCGUUGUCUAAGGAUUCUGUUUGGAAUCUCAAUGGACCAACACACUGAAGAUCUGCCAGAAUAUAUUGAAAUCAAUCAAAAUGAUUUCUCAUAUCGAAAGAUGCCAAGUUUUUUUUUCUAGGCACAAGAAGCAAAAGGAGGAGGAUAUUGCUAUCUGUGAAUGCAAAUAUAAUGCUAAUUAUCCUGAUAGUGCAUGUGGGGAGAGUUGCUGGAAUGUACUAACCAGCACAGAAUGCACUCCUGGUUACUGCCCUUGUGGUGUCUUCUGCAGGAAUCAGAGAUUUCAGAAAUGUGAAUAUGCUCGAACAAGGUUGUUUAAAACUCAAGGCCGAGGGUGGGGUCUUCUUGCUGAUGAGGAUAUAAUGGCAGGACAGUUUAUCAUUGAAUACUGUGGAGAAGUAAUAUCAUGGAAAGAAGCCAAGCAAAGAUCCCAAGCUUAUGAAAUUCAGGGUCUCAAGGAUGCAUUUAUCAUUUCUCUAAAUGCUUCUGAAUCUAUUGAUGCUACUAAAAAGGGAAGCCUUGCUAGGUUUAUUAAUCAUUCAUGCCAACCGAAUUGUGAGACAAGGAAAUGGACCGUGUUGGGGGAAGUAAGGGUUGGAAUAUUUGCAAAAGAAGAUAUAUCCAAAGGAACAGAAUUAGGAUAUGACUACAAUUUUGAAUGGUAUGGUGGUGCCAAGGUUCGCUGCCUCUGUGGUGCAGCAAGCUGUUGUGGAUUUCUUGGGGCAAAAUCUCGUGGUUUUCUGGAGGAUACUUAUGUUUGGGAAGAUGACGAUGAGAGGUAUUCAGUUGAGAAAAUCCCGCUUUAUGAUUCUGCAGAGGAUGAGCCUUACUCUAAGCUCCUCAAAAGCAUGAACUCGUCAAAUUCUGAACAUAAUGUUGAUGGGGAAAAUAAAUAUUCCCUGACAAGGGCUGUUAGUGGAGGAUCUCAGAACCAAUUUGAAUACACUGCUCUUGUUGUCCAGCCACCUGAUUUGGUUCCCAUGCUAGAUGUCGUGAAAGAAAUAAAAGCUGAAGCAAGUGAGGAGAUUAAAUUGUAUUCACAAGAUACUCAACAGGCCUUUUCACAAAAAAAUGCAAUGAUAUCUCGUAUUCGAAGUAACAGUGCAUGCCGGAAUUAUCACAUAAGUCUGGGGUCCUUGUCAAACAAAAGGUCAAAACAGUAUUUCAAUGGAAGGCCGAAACAACUUGCACAAAAGCAAGUUGAUGCAAAAGCUGCUGCCCUACUUUUUGCAUCAAAGGAAGCGCAAGAGGAAAUCCUAAGAAAUGAGGCAAUAAAGAACGAUGCCAACUCCGAGCUUGAUUCCUUAUACAAUGAAAUACGACCUGCCAUUGAAGAACAUGAGAGGGACAACCAAGACAAUGUAGCUACUAGUGUAGCAGAGAAGUGGAUAGCCGCUUGUUGCUUAGAAUUGAAGGCAGAAUUUGAUCUUCAUUCCUCGAUUGUUAGAAACAUUGUCUGCACACGCCAAAGGCCAAUUACCCAAGCAAAACCUUCGGAAGGAGACAGCGAAAAUGGAAUCAUGCAUUUAACAAAUUAAUGUCUGUCUAUUGAAUGGUACGUCACUAUCCUGCCAUUAUGAUUCCCAUAGAGACAAUUUCCAUUAAAAACAAGAUGAACUAUUGAUUACCAUUCAAGUACAGAUCUUUUUGUUUUUGUUCAUGAAUUGAGCUUGUUCAAAAGUCUUUAGGAAAAGGUACAGAUCACUUAGCUA